AGCAUGAGUGUGGCCCAGGAUGCUGAGUGGCUGCGGUGGGUGAGGAAGCAGUUCAGGAGCAUCGCGGGGCAGGACAAGGAAAUCAACCUGGAAGAGUUCAAAACCGCCCUCCAAGUGAAGGAGUCGUUCUUCGCCGAGAGGUUCUUCGCGCUGUUCGACACCGACGGGAGCGGGAGCAUCAGCCUGGAGGAGCUGCUGAGAGCCCUGAGCCUGCUGCUGCACGGGGAUGAGACAGACAAGCUGCGAUUCCUCUUCCAGGUCUAUGAUCUGCAUCAAAGGCAGCCAGUUUCUGGAUGAGGGGUGCAGGGUGAAGGUAAAGCCGGGGGGUGUCGGGGUCCCCACGCAGGCAGCGGCUCCAUCGACGCGGACGAGCUGCGCCUGGUGCUGCGCUGGUGCCUGCGGGAGAGCGCCAUGGCCCUGCCCGAGGAGCGCCUGGCAGACCUCACCUCAGCCCUCUUCGAGGCUGCUGACAAGGACCACAGUGGCUCCAUCACUUUUGAGGAGCUGAGGGAAGAGCUGGAGGCUUUCCCAGAGGUGAUGGAGAACCUGAGCAUCAGCGCAGCGAGCUGGCUGCAGCCCCCGCCGCGGGCACAGAGGAGCUGGCGCCUGCGCUGCCUCAGCCGGGCGUACUGGCACAACCACGGCAGCAGCCUCGCCUUCCUGGGGGCCUAUACCAGCCUCAACCUCCUGCUCUUUGCCCUGGCUGCCCUGCAGCACAUCAGCCAUGGCACCUGGCUGGCGGUGGCCCGGGGCUGUGGCCAGUGCCUCAACUUCAACUGCGCCUUCCUCGCAGUGAGUGUGCUGAUGCUGCGGAGGUGCCUGACCUGGCUACGAGCCACCCCCGUGGCCAAGCUCUUGCCCCUGGACCAGCACGUUGCUCUGCACCAGCUCGUGGGGUACGUGGUGCUGGUGCUGGCGGCCGCUCACACCGCUGCCCACCUCGCCAACUUCAGCAGGCUGCGGAGCGGGCAGCGCGGCAUCGGCGCGGGGGGCGUGCGGGGCACGGCCUGGCAGACGGGGCUGGCGCUGCAGGGGCUGCUGCUCGUCCUGGCCGCCUUCUCCAGCCCCUGCGUCCGACGGAGCGGCCACUUCGAGGUUUUCUACUGGACCCACCUCUCCUACAUCUCCAUCUGGACCCUCCUCCUCCUCCACGGCCCCCGCUUCUGGAAGUGGUUUGUGGUUCCCGGGUGCCUCUUUGCCCUGGAGAAGGGGCUGGGCUGGGCUUGGCGGCGUGCGCGGGGGCUGCGCAUCCUGGAGGCCAACCCGCUCCCCUCCAAGGUGACCCACCUUGUGAUUGAGAGGCCACAGUUUUUCCACUACAAGCCUGGAGACUACAUCUACCUCAACAUCCCGGCCAUUGCCAGCUUCGAGUGGCAUCCCUUCACCAUCAGCAGUGCUCCUGAGCAGCAAGAUACCAUCUGGCUGCACAUCAGGUCGCUGGGCCAGUGGACUAACAGGCUGUAUGAGUACUUCCAGCAGCCCCAAGCACCCAUCCUGGAACCAAAACCUCUCAGCAGGAGCCUGAGGGAGAAGAGAGGCUGGGCACAGGUUGGGGUCAGUGCUGGGCUGGGCAGGACCCGUGGGCUCUGCAGCACCAAGUGCUACAUCGAUGGUCCGUACGGGACGCCCAGCCGGCGCAUCUGGGCGGCGCAGCACGCGGUGCUCAUCGGCGCCGGCAUCGGCGUCACCCCCUUCGCCUCCAUUCUGCAGAGCAUCAUGUACCGUCGGCGAAAGCAGAGCUGCCCCAAGUGCCACCACACAUGGUGUGAAGACCUGCAGGAUGAGGAGAUGACACUCAGGAAGGUUGAUUUCAUCUGGAUAAACCGGGACCAGAAGCACUUUGAGUGGUUUGUCAGCCUGCUGACCAAGCUGGAGCUGGAGCAGGCUGAGGAGGAGGCAGGAGGGAGGUUUCUGGAGAUGCACAUGUACAUGACAUCAGCCCUCAGCAAGAAUGACAUGAAGGCCAUUGGGCUGCAGAUGGCCCUGGAGCUGCUGGCUGCCAAGGAGCAGAGGGACUCCAUCACGGGGCUGCGCACCAGGACCCAGCCCGGCCGCCCCGACUGGGCCAAGCUGUUUGGGAAGGUGGCAGAGGAGAAGAAAGGCAAAGUGCAGGUGUUCUUCUGUGGCUCUCCAGCGCUGGGCAGAGUGGUCAGGGAGCACUGCAACAGCUUCGGCUUUCGCUUCUUCAGUGAAACCUUCUGA